UUGCGCAGCCGCGCAGGAUACGUCAUGAGCAUCUUACUCCCCAACAUGUCGGACUUUGAUACCAUUUAUGAGUUAGAAGACGAAGAGGAUGAACACAUAGUGAGUGAGGGGAACUUGCCCAGAUACUGCCCGGAGCCUGUGGUCAUGCGAGGUGCCGGACACAUCACUGUGUUUGGACUCAGCAACAGAUUUGACACAGAGUUUCCCUCGGUUCUCACAGGAAAGGUAGCACCAGAGGAAUUCAAAACCAGCAUCAGCAGGGUGAAUGCCUGUUUGAAGAAGAACCUGCCGGUGAACGUGAAGUGGCUUCUGUGCGGCUGCCUGUGCUGUUGCUGUACAGUGGGCUGCAGCCUGUGGCCUGUAAUCUGCCUCAAUAAGAGAACAAGACGGUCCAUUCAGAAGUUGUUGGAGUGGGAAAAUAACCGGUUGUACCACAAGCUGGGGCUGCACUGGAAACUCACUAAAAGAAAAUGUGAGAGCAACAAUAUGAUGGAAUAUGUGAUUCUUAUAGAAUUCUUACCCAAAUAUCCGAUAUUCCGACCGGACUGAGGACUGUUGUAGGACCGGAUGCGGGGCCCUCGAAUCUCCUCCGUAGUGCCUUGUAUAUACAGUCUGAUGGGAUAAGGGUCUGCAGGGGCGUCCCUCCGGAUGAGCCCGUACAUCUCCCAGUACCUUGUACAUUAAGAGUUAGCAACACUGUCACUUUGCUUUAGAGCAGAAUUUGCACAUUUGAUCCCCAACAGAACCAGACAUGCUCUCCACCUCCUCGUUGUUGCACUCUAAUGUGUUUUUAUUAAAUGUGUUGAAAACAAACAAAACUCUAAAAAAGUGCAUUUACCCCUCCAAACUCACUCACACCUGUUCUGUCAGUAAUUCCUUCAGAGGAAUGUGAUGCCUCCACCCUCCAUAAGUACCCUUGCCUUAUGUAUUUAGAACAAAAAUAAAUAUAUGAAUAUAUCUCUACGUGUACCGGGGGAGGAGGGGUGUGAGCGAUCUAACAGAUCUGUUGAUGUAGAGGUUGCUUGUUGGGUUUCUGCACUUUGAAUCCAGCUCUUUACAAGUAGAUUGGAUGGUUGAAGCUGCCACCACCACCCUGGCUUCGGUCUUUUACAUUACCCUUUGUACAACUCACUCAUACCAGAACUUGACCUGUAAAUACCAUGUUAGGAUAAGCUGUACAUUGGUGUAUUUUUGUUUACAUAUAAAGUUACAUAUAGCUAUUUAGUUGUUUUUUUGCCAAUAUACUGCUGUACCAUAGUUUUGAUUAACGAAAGAUGUCUAUAUGUACCUUCCUAGUUUCUAAGGACCUGUUUACCUUGUAAGCCAUAUAGUGACAGUGUAUCUGAUGCCAGAGUUAGGACUGAUUAUUGCACUUGAGCCCGGAGGAGUCAGUUUUCAUGCUGCAGUGCAUCCCAGCAGCAGUUUAAGUUGUGGUUUUUGCCAACAAGUCCUUUGUUAAACGUUGAUGUUUGAAUUUGUAUUCUAAUUUGAACUCUACACUGUUAUUUUUCUUUAUUAUCCAACUUUGCAUUGUUUUUGUAGUUUUCUACUCCCUUUGUGCCGUGUCAGGGCUCUUUUGAGGCUAAGAAGCACCUCCUUUUACUAUACUUGAUGUGUUGCCGAGACAACUCCCCUGUUCCAGUCAUCCUCUCAAUUGGUUGUGUCAUUUUUCUGGAGUCUAUAGUCAAGGGAAUUCCUGCAUUUCACUGUAAUAGAGUGCCUCUGGAGUAGUAAAGAACCACAGGUUGAAUUGUUCUCUGCGAAGCAGACUUUAAAUCCUCCUCCCAUUAUUGUUACAGUUCAUGUAAAUGUUUAUUAUAAGGACCUAUUUCCUUUGGAGAGAGAGAAAAUAAAGGGUUCAUUUUGAUUUAUCUUUUA